CCCCGGUCAAGGCCAUUGGACUGCCAGAGAGGAGGUCAGAUUGCUGGAUGCCAUUGAGCAGUAUGGGUACGGUAACUGGGAGGACAUUGCGCGCCAUAUCGAGACUCGCACUCCGGAUGAAGCAAGAAAUAAGUACAUCAGCAGUUACAUAGAUGGAGCUAUUGGGCGAGCCUCCUGGAAACCAGCGUUAGAAAGAUUGCAGCUCCCCAUUGAGCACACAGUCCCUGACACAGGACCACUCUCGCCAACUCUAGGGUCUUCACUACCCUCUCAGCCACCCUCCACUGAGGAGAACACUAUACUUGGAUACAUGCCACACAGAGAUGAUUUUGAGAGGGAAUGGGAUAAUGAUGCAGAAACAACGAUAGCUCCAUUAUUCAUUCAUCCAGUUGAUGAUGAAGAUGUGGAUAUGGCUCUCAAACUUGCACAAGUUGAUAUGUACAUGCGCCGUCUUCGUGAAAGAUCGAGAAGAAAACGGGUAGUUAGAGAUUUCCAGGUUGUUCCACAAUUUUUCAAGAAGGAAAGAGAAAAAGCCCAAGUUCCGCCAAAAAAGAAAAGCAAAGAUGAUAAAGAGGCAGUAGCUGAAAAACUUAGAACAAUUAGCCAGUUUCAGACAGCAAGUGAACACAAUAAUCUUAUAAACUCCAUUGUCCGAGAGAGAGAGUUAAGAACGAGGAUAAGAGAAUUACUAAGGUAUCGUCGUAAUGGAAUUAGACACGUGGAAGAAUGCCAUGAGUUUGAGGUAGCAAGGUCGCGAAGAGACAGGAAAAAAGAAAAUAAAAAGAAAGGU